AGAUCAUGAGACUGCGCGCAACACAGACCACAAACUAUAGACCCCAGUCCCCAUAUAGUAAUUAAGAAGGCAUGAGUUGCUUGUGGCCUAUCAUUUUGCCGGUCCUGCAUUUGACCCAGUUGUGUUCAGCGCUGCAGUCAGUCUCCUCUAGUUUCACCCAGGUGCCCUUCCUCACUGUGUGGAACGCCCCCACUGCCAACUGCCUGUCCCUGUAUGGCAUUGACCUCGACCUGGGCAUGUUCGACAUCGUCCACAACCAAAACCAGACCUUCAUCGGAGACAAUAUCACCAUUUUCUAUGCUGAGAAACUUGGCCUGUAUCCUAGGUAUGGCAACCAGGGGGCGCCAAUCAAUGGAGGUGUGCCACAAAACUCAAGCCUGGAGGAACAUCUCAGAGCUGCUUCUGAUGACAUAAGACUUUACAUUCCCACCCGAGACUUCCAAGGCCUGGCUGUUGUCGACUGGGAAAGCUGGCGUCCCGUUUGGGAGAGGAACUGGGACACCAAACAGAUCUACUGGGAAGGAUCUAAGGCCCUGGUUUGGUCCAAGCAUCCAGACUGGAGCCCUGAACAAGUCGAAACUGCAGCCAGGAUGGAGUUUGAGAAAGCAGGUCGGCAGUUCAUGGAGGAAACACUAAUAUUAGGCCGAGACGAGAAACCAAAUGGUCUAUGGGGAUUUUAUGGAUUUCCAAAUUGCUAUAACUAUUACAAAAGCACCAACUACACCGGAGAGUGCCCAACGAUAGAGAGGAAGAGGAACGAUGAGUUGUUUUGGCUGUGGAAUGUGUCCUCUGCCUUGUAUCCAGACAUCUACCUCAGUUUGCCUCUCAGAGAUUUGGAUGAAGAGGUGUAUUUGUACUGUCACUAUCGCAUCCUGGAGGCUAUGAGGGCAGCGUCCCAGGCCACCCCCCAAAACCCUCCUGUUUUCCCCUACGCACGCAUUGUCUACACCUACUCACUCGACUUUCUCUCACAGGAACAUCUAGUCUACACCAUCGGGGAAAGUGCUGCUUUAGGAUCGGCUGGUGUCGUUCUGUGGGGAGAUAACAUGUUCUCCAAAUCUCAGGCCACUUGUGACGCCGUCAAAUCCUACAUAGACGAGACACUGGGUCCAUAUCUGGUGAAUGUGACGUCCGCCGCAGCCCUGUGCAGUCAGACGCUCUGCUCGUCCCACGGCAGGUGUCAGAGGCGCAACGCAAACUCUGGGGUUUACCUUCACCUGGACCCCUCUGUGUGGAAGAUACACUCCCACAAAAAGCCCACAGGAAGGAGGGACUACAAGGUCCUGGGACAGCUUAGGCAGAGAGACGUAGCACUAAUGAAGGCAAAGUUUACAUGUAACUGUUACCCCGGCUGGAGCGGGGACAGGUGCUCCAAACAUGUGUAGGAAUAGAGUUUUUACAUUACAGACACUUGAAAAAGGAAAAAGCACAAUGUGUUAUGUUUUAAAUGUUUUUAAUUUUUUAACAGUUUUUAAUGUUUGGUCAGUGUUGGUUUAUGUUAUGAAUCAAAACCAUAAUGAAUGUAAUGACUUGUAUUAAAUUGAGAUUUAAGGCGCGUUCAUAAUCACAACAUCACAUUUUUUACUAAAGUGGGACUAAACCAGGAACUGGACCAUGACUAGACCAUGACUAGACUGAGACCAAACCAAAUAUACAGUAGCACUUAAACUGGGCCCAAAGCAGGAUCAAUGUAGUCUUCCAAAGCAGUCUAUAGUUGACCCGUAGUUAAGUACUUUGCCAUUUCAAAGUUUUCUAAAGCAGAAUAAGUCUAACCAGAUCAGGCUUAAUUAUUCAUUUAACUUUGGGAAUAAUAUACUACACUAUUUACAGCUGUACAUGUGGAGACUGUCAGAUUUACUUCAGCAUUUUUCCGUUCAUCAGAUAUUUUUGCAUAAAUUGGCCCUACCUCCUGAGCAUGGAUCAUUUAAUCAUUCCAAGAUAGAUUGGUCAACAUUAAGUUUGUAUCAUUUUCAAAUUUAAAAAAGCUUUUCUGCAGUAUGUUUUCAUGUUCAUCUCUAUUUAACCUUUCUUUACUCUGUAUACUUAUGACCAGCAGGUAGAGCUGUAGGACAACUGUUAUUAAAGCUUCAACCUGAUGCCAAGGUCAGACUUCACCAAACCGUUACACAUCCACAUACUGUCAAAUAUAACAUUUUUACCAUAGUCACAGUUUGGCCCAUAUACCUGUUCACAUAUAGAGUGUAUGAUGCAUUAUAAUGUGUGAAUGCCAUACCAAACGCAGGCUGAGGUGACCUUGAUUGAUUCGCCUUGUGUAAUGUUUUCUUAUCUGAUGUUCUGAACCACGGUUGCAGUUAUUUGUAAUUUUGCUGCUCGUGUCCUCCGAGUCUGGGGCGACUGGAGCGGCAGACUCCCAGAAGGCUUUGCUCUUCCACCUUCGUACCUUUAUCAUUACAGACCUCAGGAUUGAGAGGAAGACCCGAGGAGAUUGGUUUUGUGUUGUUAGAGGUGUGGAGAAUUACGGUUAUCCUGUGUUUUUGAAUCAUCAAGUUAUUUUCUGACACUGUAACUUUUUCCACUAAGAAACGGGUGCACAUUAUGACAGAUUAUGAUUUUAAUGAUGGAACUGUGCUGUACGGGCUACUGAUUGUAAAUACAUAAUGAUGCAGUGAUGCU